GAAGCCGGCACGGCGGGGAGUGGGGAGGGCGGCGCCGGGGCGCGGCCCCCGACCGACCUGCUGACCCGCCGCCCUGCCGCCGCCGGGCGGAAGGGCCGCUCUCCGAGCUUGGGCCCCCCGACCCUUCUUUCCCGGUCGCUGCCCCGCUCUGGCACCUCCCCGAGGCCCAAAAAGCACCUGCCGGUAUUGUCAGCCCCGCCUCGGUAGUCACGGAAAGAUGAUGGGAAAGUAGGAAACAGUCCUCUCAUUCCAUCGGAACCUGCCAAACCACAGUUUCUAGCUGUGACCCAAGAGGCCGAAUAGAUUGAAUGCUCUUAGAUUUUAAAGCCUGCGCUCCAGUUUUUUCCUCUUUUUGGUUUCCAUAUUGCUGCUUCCGCAGGCUCCCCAGAAUGUCCUUGGCUGCGUAUUGUGUCAUCUGUUGCAGAAGAAUAAGAACCUCAGCCCCUCCUCCCCAAAGCACCGCAUCCUGGAGAGACAUCAGAAAUAUAAUAAAGUUUACUGGAUCACUUAUUUUAGGCGGUUCUUUAUUUCUUACAUAUGAAGUUCUGGCCCUGAAGAAAUCUUUGACAUUAGAUACUCAAGUAGUAGAAAGAGAAAAAAUGAAGUCAUACAUAUAUUUGCACACAGUUUCUUUAGAUAAAAGAGAAAAUUAUGGAAUCACCUACCAGGCAAGAAAAGAGCUUCACAAAGCAGUAAGAAAAAUAUUGGCAACAUCAGCCAAGAUCCUGCGGGGCCCGUUUGCUGACCCCUUCAGCACAGCCGAUGUGGAGGACCACGAGUGUGCCGUGUGGCUACUGCUGAGGCAGAGCCAGUCGGGGGACAGGACGGCGCGCCUGCAGGCCGUGCAGGAGAUGUCGCAGACCCACCACUGGCACGAUUACCAGUACAGGAUAAUUGCUCAAGCCUGUGAUCUGAGAACUCUUAUCGGUUUGGCACGAAGCAAAGAGAGUGAUCUUCGCUUUUUCCUCCCACCACCUCCUUUGCCAUCUUUAAAAGAAGAUACUUGCAUUGAAGAAGAGCUCAGACAGUUGCUGGCUUCUUUACCUCAGACAGAGCUGGAUGAGUGUAUCCAGUAUUUCACAUCUUUGGCCCUGAAUGAAAGCAGUCAAAGUCUAGCUGCUCAGAAGGGUGGCUUAUGGUGUUUUGGAGGAAAUGGACUUCCUUAUGCUGAAAGUUUUGGAGAAGUCCCUUCAGCUACAGUGGAAAUGUUCUGUUUAGAAGCUUUGGUAAAACAUUCUGAGAUACCCACACACUGUGAUGAGAUUGAAGCAAAUGGAGGCUUGCAACUACUUCAGAGGCUGUACCAACUCCACAAGGAUUGUCCCAAAAUACAGAGAAAUAUAAUGCGUAUCAUUGGAAACAUGGCUCUGAAUGAACAUCUUCAUUCUACUAUAGUUCGCUCAGGCUGGGUUUCCAUACUGGCCGAAGCAAUGAAGUCGCCCCGCAUUAUGGAGGCCUCCCACGCGGCCAGGACGCUGGCGAAUCUGGACCGAGAGACCACACGAGAAAAAUACCAGGACGGCGUGUACGUGCUGCACCCCCAGUACCGCACAAGGUCAGACAGCACGCGGCGUCGCUUUGUCUCCUGUGGGGGGGUAAGGCCUAGAGGGCUUUUAUUUUAUUUCUUUACAAGUGUCAAUCACCAGGAAAUCAGUGAAGCAGUGGAAAUUCAUGUUUGUGCCUUUUAUUUUAUGCAGACAUGGUUGGCAAGAGACUGUCCUGCUCUCCGAAUUAUAUCUGUGGAAUAUGACACCAGCCUGAGUGACUGGAGAACGAGGUGCCCGAUGGAAAGGAAGUCCAUUGCGUUCAGGAGCAACGAGCUUCUGAGGAAGCUCAGAGCUGCUGGUGUUGGGGACAGGCCCGUCAUUUGGGUGUCACACAGCAUGGGAGGUCUUCUUGUCAAAAAGAUGCUGCUGGAAGCCUCCAAGAAGCCAGAAAUGAGUACUGUUAUCAACAAUACCAGAGGAAUAAUUUUUUAUAGCGUCCCUCAUCAUGGAUCGCAUCUGGCUGAAUACUCUGUUAAUAUUCGCUAUCUUCUCUUUCCCUCCUUGGAGGUCAAAGAACUCAGCAAGGAUUCUCCUGCACUUAAAACACUACAGAAUGACUUUCUGGAGUUUGCUAAAGACAGAAACUUCCAGGUGCUGAAUUUCGUGGAAACACUGCCGACUUACAUCGGUAGCAUGAUUAAACUGCACGUGGUGCCCGUGGAGUCAGCAGAUUUAGGCAUUGGAGAUCUAAUUCCUGUGGACGUUGAUCAUUUGAACAUUUGUAAGCCAAAGAAAAAGGAUGCUUUUUUAUACCAGCGUACCUUACAAUUCAUCUGUGAAACUUUAGCCAAAGAUCUUGAAGACUGACGGUCAGCCUCUUUCAUUUUGCAAGAAACCUGGGUGUUCUCUUUCUCUUUUAAGCUCUAAGCAGUCAUGCAGAUGCAGUCCCUGCGGCGUCGCUGUGCUCUGAAGCGUGGUGCAGGCAACCGAAUGUUGUUCUCAGUCCAAGCACCGAAAAGCAUAAACCUACAGAGGCAAAGAAUGAAGGGCUAGACUGGAUUCUUUUGAUUUCAAAGAAAUUGUGUGUGUGCUCGCUUAGGUUUUGCGCUGUUGGCCCUGGUGCAGGGAGCAAGCUCCUACGGACAGAAAAUGCCGUUUGUCAUCUGUGACUGUCUCCAGUUCAAGCUGGGAGGAGCACUGAUGGCUUCUGAAGGGAGAGCGAUCAUCACCUUCCAUAACUGCCCUUUGGAGAGAGAGUACGUAGACUAGAGACGAGACCGAACUAUGGAAUAUAAUAUAUAGAACAUAAAGACUCUUUUUGUUCUCGAUUCCCAUGUGCUCUAAGUUAAAAGAAAAAAACAUCUGUGCAAACCUUUGUCUAACGUUGUCAGACCUGUUGUCAUCCAUGGGCAGUUCCUUAUAAGUUUUUAGUUUCAAACUGCUGAGAACAAAUAAUUCUCUUUUCAAAAGAAUUGUAGCCUGUCGUAAUUCUUUCCAGAUUGCAGCUACCUAUCCUUGUAAUUUUUCCCAGAUAAGGAUAAAGUAGCUAAUCCAUUAUUCAUCUGAGUAUGAAAUUACAUAUAUGUCAGCAGUACUUACUAUGAAGAUUCUCUGAUUCUCUUUAGCUGAUACUUUUCUUUCAUGCUCAUUUGCAAGUUGCAUCAACUGACCUUGAGCAUGUGAGAAAUAUGAAAUCACAUUGAUGACUUUUUAGUUGUAAAUAAUAGCAUUGAGAUGGAAAUCACAUACCAUAAUAGUCACCGUUUAAAAUAUACAGUUCACUGAGUUUUAGGGUAUAUACAGAAUUAUACGACCCUCCCCACUAUCCAAUUUCAGAACAUUUCCUUGUCCCCCAAAUUAACUCUAUACCCAUUAGCAAUCACUGUUCGCCCCUGCCAAACACUAAUCUACUCCUCUCUAUGGAUUUGCAUACCAAGGACAUUUCAUAUAAAUGGAAUCAUACAAUGUGUGGCCUCUGUGUCUGGCUUCUUUUUCUUAGCAUAAUGUUUUCAAGGUUCAUUUAUGAUGUAUCAUGUGUCAGUACUUCAUUCCUCUUUAUGGUCAGAUAAUAUUCAGUUGUGUGGAGAUAUGUUUAUGCAUUCAUUGGCUGAUGAAUAUUGAGCUUCUUUCCAUUUUUGGGCUGUUAUGAAUAAUUCUGUAAACAUUUAUGUAUAAGCUUU